AUCAUAGGGGGGGGUCAUACAUUUCUGAAGAGCCACCUGAGGCUUAUGUGGCAUCUCAUAAACAGCCAAUAAACAUGCAGCAUUCAGAUUGAGGGAAUACCGGAGUAGCCUACUCCCCUAACUCUGCAGUAUCGCUGCCUCCAACACUGGAUCUUUGUGCUGAGAUUCUAGUGAUGCUCCUGGUUAAAUGUUGGUCUUGGAUAGUUACAUGAUGCCGUCUACAUUUUCCUCUGCGGCUGGAAUUUCAGAAUGCUCUACCUCACCAUUCGAAUUGAUUUUCUGGAACCGGUCCUUAGAUGUCCUUGCAAAUGCAACGGGCAUGCAGGAGCUGGAGGCAAUUCAUCACCGGCGCGCACAGCAUGUUCAGUUUUCUCCAUCAACUUCAGUGUUCCUAGCAGUUCUCAUGACAGUUAUGGUCUUCGCCACUGUACUGGGGAACGCACUUGUUAUUCUAGCUUUUGUGGUGGAGAAAAGUUUGCGUACACAUGGCAACUUUUUCUUUCUGAAUUUAGCCAUUGCGGAUUUAUUAGUUGGAGGAUUUUGUAUUCCAGUGUACAUUCCUUAUGUGUUGACGGGCGAGUGGAGACUCGGAAGAUGGCUUUGCAAACUCUGGCUUGUAGUGGAUUAUAUGGUUUGCACAGCGUCUGUGUUCAAUAUAGUCCUUAUCAGCUUUGACAGAUUUCUGUCCGUCACCAAAGCGGUGAGCUACAGGUGUCAGAAAGGGGUGACCUCCGCAGCAGUGCUGAAGAUGGUGAGCGUGUGGCUGGCUGCCUUCCUGCUUUACGGACCGGCUAUCAUCAGCUGGGAGCAUAUUGCCGGUGGGAGUGUGGUGCCCACUGGGGAGUGUUAUGCGGAGUUCUACUUCAACUGGUACUUCCUUAUGACUGCCUCCACGGUGGAGUUUUUCACGCCGUUCAUAAGUGUCACCUACUUCAACCUCAGCAUCUACAUUAACAUCAGGAAGCGGACCGUGGUCAGAGAGCAACAGCCACCCAACAUGGAAUUUAGGAACUGCGAGAUGGAAACACUUGGAGAACGCGGAAUGAACCGCGUGUUCUUCGUCAGACCAGUUCAGACGCACACCUGCAGCAUCAAUGGCAAAGGCGCGCGCUCUCGGUGUUGUCGUUUGUCAAGCGCAAAGGUCUCCGCUGCAAUAAUUGGUGAUGCGGGCAAGGGAGGGAGACGAGACAGCGCAACUCUUGACCUCCCUCCCUUGCAAGUUGAAGAUUUGGCUCAUCAGUGUGGUCCAUCACGAUUUCUCAACACCGAUCAGUCGUUUGAACCCUUGCGCACCCGUUCUGACGCAUCCGCCAAUCUGGCAAGCCGAUUCCGCCUCUCCAGGGAUAAGAAAGUGGCCAAGUCUUUGGCUGUUAUUGUUUGCGUUUUUGGGCUAUGCUGGGCUCCCUACACAUUACUCAUGAUAAUUCGGGCGGCGUGCCAGGGCCAAUGCGUUCAGCACUACAUGUACGAAAUCUCGUUCUGGUUAUUAUGGAUCAACUCCUCCAUCAACCCUGUUCUUUAUCCCCUGUGUCACAGUAGCUUUAAAAGGGCCUUCAUCAAACUCCUCUGUCCCAAUAAGAUCAAUAAUAUCCAGCCACAAUAUGUGGAACAGAAUUACUAGGGGAUUAAGUGAACUGAGUAUUUUGGAUAGAAAACCAGCCAACAAAGUUACCCAUGUACUGGGAAACAGUAUCAAAUUUGUAAUAGAUGGUUUUGGUAAAACAUUUUGGAGCUUCAAUCCUUUGGUAAUUUGUUCAUCGUAGCAUUAAUUUGACAAGAAUUGAA